UAAAACGCAUGCGCAUUGCGCACUCACGUCUGGGAUGUCGCGGUUGCUGUCUGAACGCUUGAGCUCAGGAUCUGCUUUAGUGGUAACGGCUGGAAGGAGUUUGUUGCUGAAGUUUUGUGAGGUCUCGCUGAUAAAUAACCGAAGCAAGUUCACCAGACACAGUAAUUACAAUGAAGGACUAUAUCCCGGCCACAUCCCCACCACUCCGGUUCAGAAGACCUUGCUGGCGGUUGGCUCAGGUGUCGCCGCCAUCCAGAAUCCCUAUCGGCAUGAUAUGGUGGCAGUGCUCGGAGAGACAACAGGAUACCUGGCCUUGUUAAACCUCAGGUACCGGAUGAGAAAUGACCCUGAGGGAUACGCGGUCCUCACAGAGAGGCCAAGAAUCCGUUUGUCGACACUGGAUUUGAGACAGAUGGCCUCGCUACCCGAGGGGUCCUUCGGACGAGAAUACCUCCGUUUUCUGGAGGACAACAGUGUGACUCCUGACUCGAGGGCAGAUGUGAAGUUUGUGGACAACGAGGAGCUAGCUUAUGUCAUGCAGAGAUACAGAGAGGUCCACGACUUGCUGCACACUUUACUGGGCAUGCCCACCAACAUGCUCGGUGAAGUGGCUGUUAAAUGGUUUGAAGCCGCUCAGACAGGGAUCCCCAUGUGCGCCCUCGGAGCGCUGUUGGGCCCACUUCGGCUAAACCCAAGUCGCCUGCAGUCACUGGUCACAUCUUUGGGCCCCUGGGCCGUGCAGAAUGGCCGACGGGCCCGUUGCGUCCUCAGCAUCUUCUAUGAGAGACGAUGGGAGCAGAGCCUAGAGGACCUGAGGCAAGAGCUCAACAUCGAGCCUCCUCCUACAUUAUAUAAUCAAUCAUCUAAAUCCUGACAGUCUCUUCAUGCACGUGGGAAAAACAUUUUGCAUGGACUGAAUGCACAUGGUGGGAAUGAAUGGAAAAAAUCUUACUGUGAUCAACUGUAUUCUAUGUAUAUUUAUUAUAUUCAUAUUUUCUAAAACAUAAAUCUAUUUUACCUCUUACCACAGUUAACGUUCAUUGGUUUAUCUUUGUAAAGCAACCUAGUUUCUAGAUUGUACUCCUAUUCCCUUGGAAGUACUGCCCCCUUGUGGUUGUAUCAGUCUCUAAAAGCCUUUGGCACCUCGGGGCGACAAAAAGCUGUAGACAAUUACUCAUUUACUGGACAGAAAAUGAUUUGGACGACUUUUUCGACAAACUGUUUUUAUCUGGAUAGUAAC